AUGGUGUCCUUCUGUAAGAAGGCAGAGCUUGAAGCUGAUGAGUCCCCCUUGGAGCAGGAGCUGCAAAGCUUGCGCAAGACGAUGGAGCACGGCUUCGCCCUGCAGCUCAGCAUUCUACAGGACCUGCGGCACCAGAUGACCGCUCCUCGUGUCAAGCGACUGGCGCGCCCCAGCAUGGAGUCCACGGCCCGCCUCAGUGUGGAGUCGGAGAGUGUCCCCAGCCCGAGUAGCCCCAGCCCAAGUAGUCCAUCCAUGUCCAGCUUGAUUGAUGGGGAUGCCAGAUCAUCCAUUUUCUCCCGGAACGUGUCCGUGAACAACUCCCUUUUCCGUUUGGACUCGAGGACAUCGGCCGUCUCUCAACACGGACCGGUGGAAGAGGAGGAAGAGUACACGGAAGACGAAUCAGAAGAGGUGGAAGAGAAGCGCCAGAAGGCAGAGGAGACAGUGAAGGAAAGCCCUUCCCUGAAGAGGGCAAAGAAUAAGAAGAAGCGUGACAGCUCGAGACACUCCUUCGUGCGCCGGGCGCUGGAAGCACACCAGGAGAGAGCCACCUCUGAGGCCGUGCGUUUAGCCCGGCUGCGGGAGAAGAAAUCCUCGAAGACGGGCGGCAGGAGUGCAUGGAGGAUCAAGCUGGACAAAGUCAUCUCGUCAACAACAGCCUCAAACGUCAUUAUGAUGGUGAUUAUGCUGAAUGUCAUUCUGUUGGGAGUGGAAGUGGAUGUGUCCACUGACCUUGGGCAAGAUGACAUUCCCAAGUGGUUUGGCUGGGUGAACUCUGUGAUUGUCUUAUUCUUCGUCUUUGAGGUCAUUCUCAAAUGUGUGGCCCAGGGCUUGGAGGAGUAUUGGUGUGGCCCAGAGGCAAGUUGGAAUAUCAUGGACGCCAUUAUCAUCGCCGUUUCGCUGGUUGAGACGGGCAUUGACAUUUGGGCACAGAUGAUGUCGGCGGACAGUGGGUCCGUGACCAACAGCAGCCAGCUGCGGCUGGUGCGGAGCAUCCGCCUCGCCCGUGCCCUGCGCGGGGUGCGGGUGGUGCGGCUCUUCCGCUACGUCAGCGCCUUGAGGACCUUGGCCUUAUGCAUCGUGAGCACAGUGGGCUCUUUAAUCUGGACUUUGGUGCUGCUGGUGCUUCUCUGGUACACGUUUGGAGUCCUCCAGACUCAGCUGGUCAGCGACCACUGUCGCGAUGCGGCCAUCGAGAUCACGGGGAACCCCAAUGCGAAGCCGCUCUGCCCUUCUGACUACCGUCAUUGGAGGACUGUGUCUGAUAGCAUGCUGACGCUCUUUAUGUCAAUCACGGGUGGGCUCAGCUGGGAGGAUGCCUUGAGCCCUUUGCGGAAUGCAUCGCCCGUGGCGGUCAUCUUCAUGGUGGUUUACAUUGUGAUGACAGUCUUCGCAGUCCUCAACGUGGUCACUGGCGUUUUCUGCAACACUGCGAUAGAAAGCGCCAAUGCGGACAAAGACAUUGCAGUAAUCAAACAGUUGCAAAAACAUUCUUCGCACGUGGAAGCCCUUCGGAAAAUCUUCGAAGAGAUCGAUGCAGACUCUCUGGAUGUGGUAAGCAUCCAUGAUUUGGAAGAGGCCAUGCAGCAACAGAAGCUGUCCAGCUUCUUGGAAUCUAUGGGCAUCUCCACAGAGGCCAGGCAGGAAGAAGCGAAGAACUAUACCCUUGAUCCGGCCGAAAAAGCGGCGCACGAUGUUUGGACCUUGUUCAUGAUUAUGGACCAUGAUCAGACGGGCCUGGUGAACCUUGAGGAGUUCGUGUCUGGUUGCCUUCAGGGACGGGGUCCAGCCAAGAGCAUCCAACUGGUGAAGAUGAGCUAUGAAAACAAGGUGACCCGACAAGCCCUCAAGAAGGUGGGCAUGGAGAUCCGGAGGUUGACCGUGGAUUUAUCUGAUUUGCGCCGGCGCAACGGCAUGCCAGAGUCAAUACUGCCACGCACGGCGAAUAAUUCGUAA